AUUUUUUGGAACAAUGCUUAAUAAUAAUAUUGCUAAGAGAAUAACAAUUUUGGAACUUUAAAAUCUAUAUUCCUCUUUUACGUGUGUGUGUGUUUUUUUAUUUAUUAUUUAUUUAUCUUUUAACUCCAAUCUUCCCUGGUUGCUAUAUUAUUAUUAUUAUUAAAUUUUUUUUUUCUGGUAGUGCCCCCUUGUUUGUUUGUAGGUUGGUUGCACGAUGGCGGUCUCAAAUAAGUAUCACAUUCAAUUCCUGCUGAAUCCUGAUUGGCUAGCCCAGUUAUCUUCGUCUCCAAGUAUUACGACCGGCCCUGGGCCCACGAAAUCAUUUCUUAAAAUUCAAAACGAAUAAAAAAGCGGUCAAAAAACAAAUAGCGGUCUGGGGACAAAACCCAGCAUCGAAAAAAAUAUCUGGCGCCAAGCGUGGGACCUACGCGUCGCCGGUGCGCGUGAACCACAAUCUGCAAGGAUCCGUUUUCAAACGUGCGUAGCUGCCAGGAAACAUCAUAAUCUCUCUCUCUCUCUCUCUAGAAGGUCCGUGCUAGUCUCUAUUUGUCUCAACUUGCAGCACAUCGGCGAGCGAUCCCCACCUCUCUCUCUCUCUCUCUCUCUCUCUCUGAACCCAUGGCCCGGAAACUCCAAGGGCUCUACUACUGUAACAGUGGCGAACUCCCACCGCCUCUCGAGUCUCUUAAGAUUUUUAUGGAAAACUAUGUCGGCAAAACUCUCGAACCCCGUUAUAUACCGAGCGACUUUUCCAUUUUUGAAUUUUCAGCAUCCACCACUAUCCUUUUCCUUUUCCUUUACUGCCAAAUCCUAUUUCAAUCUAAAUCGGAUCCUCAUUGAGAUUUGGACCUCGAAUCCCAUCCCAUGAAUCCCAAAGACGAAUGUUAUACAAACACUCUUCCUACGUCUCCUUCCGCUCCUCAAUCCAAGUCCUGCUCAAUUGGUUUGUCAAUGGAAUCUCAGCCAUUUGCUUCUGAGUCUUUGUUCAUGGAUACUAAUCCUGGAUUCUCCAUGGGGGGAAGUGCUGCUGGCCUAGCUGGGUCUCAUUCUUCGUCUUCCUUAGCUUUUAAUCCGAUGGAGUUCCAGGCAUUUUCGACCAUGAUGAACCUAUCACCCUCCAUUGGAGGAGAGACUGAUGCUGCUGGUGGAGCUUUGGUUACAGGUAGUGAUACAGGAGGAGGAUAUAUUGGAGUGCCUCAACCUCUUGAUUGUUUACAGGGCAAUCCGAUUCCGCCGUUUCUUUCGAAGACUUUUGAUCUUGUGGAUGAUCCAGGCCUCGACCACAUAAUAUCGUGGGGGUCCACGGGCGAGAGCUUUGUGGUUUGGGACCAUGUGGAGUUUGCGAGGCUCAUCCUGCCCAGGAAUUUCAAGCACAAUAAUUUCUCCAGUUUUGUUCGGCAGCUUAAUACUUAUGGUUUUCGCAAGAUUGAUACAGAUAAAUGGGAGUUUGCAAAUGAAGCUUUCCAGCGAGGGAAGAGACAUCUUUUAAAGAACAUCCAGAGGCGCAAAUCACCUCAAUAUCAGCAGAUUACAAGCUAUACUGGGCCUUCCACAGAAGCAGGGAAGUUUGGACUGGACGGUGAGCUAGAGGGGUUGAGGAAGGAGAAAAGCAUGUUGAUGCAAGAGGUUGUUGAAUUACAGCGGCAGCAGCAGGGGACAAUUCACCAUAUGAAAAUGGUGAACAAUAGGCUUCGUUCUGCUGAGCAAAGACAGAAGCAAAUGGUUUCUUUCUUGGCAAAGUUGAUUCAGAGCCCAUCAUUUGUAGCUAGACUUAAGCAAAAAACAGAACAAGGAGAAAUAAGCUCUUCAAGGGUGCCGAGGAAAUUUGUCAAGCAACACCAAUAUGAGCUGGGUAAAUCAGAUUCUUCCAUGGAAGAACAGAUGGUGAAGUACUACAGUGCAGAUAGAAACCUUUUCACGUCUUCUGGAGGCCCUGAUUUCAAUCCAUUGCAUACUGAACAAUCUCCCGAUUAUCAUUCACAAGGUAUGUCAGGGAAACUCAGUAUAGAUGAAGAAAGUAUGCAAUUCCAAUUUGACAAAGCUGCAUCAGAUGAGUUAAUUGUGUCAGAUGAAUUAGCAGUAUUACAGGGACUUGGUAAAAAAACAGUUCAAGCAGAAGGGGCAUCAAACAUGCAAAUCCAAGAUCCCGCUUUCAAAGGAAAGAGUGUUCUGAGCCCUCAACAAGUGGUCAAUCCCGAGUAUUAUGUCUCUUUCCCAGAGGAUUUGGUAAAGGAGAAGAGUUUUCCAGAACUCUCAUCCCCGGGAUUUGAAAGCAUGAUUAAACAGGAGGAUAUAUGGAGCAUGGGUUUUGCUGCCAACGCUGGUAUGUCUAGUUGUGGCAAUGAGUUGUGGGGUAAUCCAGUCAGCUUUGAUGAGCCAGAGUUGGGAGUGACAGAAGGAUUGCUUGAUGUCUGGGAUUUAGGGUCACUGCAAGCAGCAGGAGGUUCAGUCAUUGAUAAGUGGCCAGCUGAUGAAUCCCCAUUCAAUGAGUCUGAGAAUCAAGCUGGUCAGCUUAAAGAUAGUAUACCAAAAAAUAUGGAUCCAUAGACAUAGGAUUGCAUGUACUCGUGCAUUUAAGGCCCUUGUGGGUCUUGGUUAUUAAUGAAUAUGUUUAAUUGAUUGCCGUUUUCCAUUCUCUUUAUUAUCAGCUUCCGUUUUAUUCUUUCAAUAUAAGAUAGUUCAUAUGAAUUCUACUCAUCUUAUUAAGCGUGAUUGAGGUAUUUAGAAAUCGCAAUUUUAUCACAAUGUUUUCUUGCUAACACGUACUUUGAGUUGUGGAAACUGCAGGUCUGCAUUCAUUCGGUAAGGAAUAUGAUGCUCCAGCUGACACUUGCUUCGCUAGUUCCCUAAACUAGAUUUGUCCUUUUCCAGCUGGUUCGGAAGGAGCAGCUGAAACUUACUUCGCCAGGUCGCUUGAAUUAUAAUUGUCUUAUUCUGGCAGGUGUUAUUCCGGUAAGAACUCAAAACUUAGGUUAUGAUUGAUUCUGAUCUUGUUAUAGUAUAGCUUCUGGCAAUGUACAUAUCAUCUCGGACUCAGAUCGGUCCAUGUAUAUAGCGGCUCUUCUUUGUUUAUUUUCAGGGCUGGAAGUUGUGCACAAACGCUAAUAUUUCUUUCCUUGAACAUCUAAAUAGUUGAAUUCUCUGUGAUGAAAAUGAAGAA